ACUGCAACCUCCAUCUCCCAGGUCCAAGCAAUCCUCCCACCUCAGCCUCCCGAGUAGCUGGGAUUACAGGUGCCUGACACCACUCCCAGCUAAUUUUUCUAUUUUUAGUAGAGACGGGGUUUCACCAUGUUCGCCAGGCUAAUCUCGAACUCCUGACCUCAAGUAAUCCGCCCGCCUUGGCCUCCCAAAGAGGAGUCUUAAAUGAGUUUCACUGAGGGAUUUCAGCAGAUUUUUCAUUACAGUGUCCACCCUGAAAGUGUAGGGGCCACAGUUCCACGCUGGUUAAUCUCUCUUGCUGUGUGAACUUAUACCUGUAAUUUCCACCUCUGCACCUCACAUUGCUUGUUUUGAAACUAUGAGAAUUGAACUCUAAGGUCCCCUGAAGUUUAGAACUCCUGCUGGAUGAACCCCCUUUCCUGUUCCUGCCUACACUCUUCUUUCCCUUGAUGCCUUAUUUACGUAAAAACUACAUUUCCCAUGAGCACCCACAGGCGUGCACGCAGCGCAGCCCUUCGUCGUCGCUCGCGCCCUUUAUACUCACUUCCGCCUGCCAGCCACUUCCUUUCCUUUCAGCGGAGCGCGGCGGCAAGAUGGCGGUGCAAAUAUCCAAGAAGAGGAAGUUUGUCGCUGAUGGCAUCUUCAAAGCUGAACUGAAUGAGUUUCUUACUCGGGAGCUGGCUGAAGAUGGCUACUCUGGAGUUGAGGUGCGAGUUACACCAACCAGGACAGAAAUCAUUAUCUUAGCCACCAGAACACAGAAUGUUCUUGGUGAGAAGGGCCGGCGGAUUCGGGAACUGACUGCUGUAGUUCAGAAGAGGUUUGGCUUUCCAGAGGGCAGUGUAGAGCUUUAUGCUGAAAAGGUGGCCACUAGAGGUCUGUGUGCCAUUGCCCAGGCAGAGUCUCUGCGUUACAAACUCCUAGGAGGGCUUGCUGUGCGGAGGGCCUGCUAUGGUGUGCUGCGGUUCAUCAUGGAGAGUGGGGCCAAAGGCUGCGAGGUCGUGGUGUCUGGGAAACUCCGAGGACAGAGGGCUAAAUCCAUGAAGUUUGUGGAUGGCCUGAUGAUCCACAGCGGAGACCCUGUUAACUACUACGUUGACACUGCUGUGCGCCACGUGUUGCUCAGACAGGGUGUGCUGGGCAUCAAGGUGAAGAUCAUGCUGCCCUGGGACCCAACUGGUAAGAUUGGCCCUAAGAAGCCCCUGCCUGACCACGUGAGCAUUGUGGAACCCAAAGAUGAGAUACUGCCCACCACCCCCAUCUCAGAACAGAAGGGUGGGAAGCCAGAGCCGCCUGCCAUGCCCCAGCCAGUCCCCACAGCAUAACAGGGUCUCCUUGGCAGCUGUAUUCUGGAGUCUGGAUGUUGCUCUCUAAAGACCUUUAAUAAAAUCUUGUACAAAGACACAA